AUGGCAUAUAACCAGGAGCCUCCAGCGGAGACCUCCAUCCUCAAGUUCAAGGAUCAGGACUUUAACUCCUUGCGAGAUCAUUGCCUAAGCAGGGGCCAGCUGUUUGAGGAUGAGACAUUCCCUGCCAUGGCUUCUUCCAUAGGCCAGAAGCUGCUCCAGGGGAAAAAACUCUUUGGCCUGGAGUGGAAGCGGCCACAGGAUUUAUCAAAGGGUCCCCCUCACUUCAUCCUGGAAAGUGCAAGCAGGUUUGACAUCCAACAAGGAAUAGCAGGAGACUGCUGGUUCCUGGCAGCCCUGGGCUCCCUGACGCAGAACCCACCAUGUCUGCAGAAGAUCCUGAUAGCCCAAAGCUUUGCACACCAGUAUGCGGGGAUUUUCCAUUUUCGGUUCUGGCAGUGUGGCCAGUGGGUGGAAGUGGUGGUGGAUGACCGCCUGCCGGUUGUGGGCAAGGACUUCCUCUUCGUGCAUCCUCGCAAAGGCAACCAAGAGUUCUGGCCAUGCCUUCUGGAGAAAGCCUACGCCAAGCUGUGUGGAUCCUAUUCCCACCUGCACUACGGCUACCUCCCUGAUGCUCUUGUGGACCUCACGGGAGGGGUGGUCACCAGUGUCAACUUGCACACCUCCCCUUCCAACCUGGUGAUGGCAGUGAAGACAGCGGCCAGGGUGGGCUCCCUGAUGACCUGCGCCACCCCAAAGGGACUGACAGAUGAGGCUGAGGUGAUGGAGAACGGGCUGGUGAACCAGCACGCCUACACAGUGACCGGGGCAGAACAGAUUCAGUACAGAAGGGGCUGGGAAGAAUUGAUCCGCCUGUGGAACCCCUGGGGCAACACGGAAUGGAGAGGGCGCUGGAGGGAUGGGUCUCAGGAGUGGCAGGAAGCUGGUGACCAGUGGAAAAGCCUCCUGUAUGAGAACAAAGACAACGGCGAGUUUUGGAUGUCAUGUCAAGACUUCGAAGAGAACUUCUCCUGCCUGUUUAUAUGUAACCAAACUCCAAUCACGCUGGAUCGUGGGAACAGGCCCCAUGAAAGAUGGUCCCAAAUGGUGUUUAAGAACCAAGUGGUCCUAGGAACCGCUGCAGGUGGACCUCGGAGGGACACUCAGUACCGCUUCUCUGUGCAAGAGCACAUGGAAGGCAACAACGUUGUUGUGUCCUUCACCAUCAUGCCACAAAGUUUGAGGGCAGAAGAUGAGAAAUUUCCACUAAACUUCCAGGUGUUCAAGGUCAACUCCCAGUUCCAGCAGUUUCAGGAGAGAUUGCCGCCCACGUUUUUUUCCCCAUUCAGAAGUGCUGCUCAGGGUGUAGAUUACGAAACCAAGUGCAACUUCACAAGGUUCCUCCAUCUGAGCCCUGGGACCUAUGUCGUGGUCCCCUCGGCACACGGAGAGAAAGCUGAGUUCUUGCUCCGAAUCUUCCUGAAAAUGCCAGACAGUGACAGGAAACUGGGCAGCAGUUUCAGCCUCAGAACACCAAAGAGAAGUCUUUCAGAAAAUGACUCCCAGCAAAGCAUUUUCUACAGAUAUGCUCAGCAGGGGCUGGACAUUGAUGCCACCCAGCUUCAGAGCCUUCUCAACCAGGAGUUCCUGACAGGACCUCCAGGGGACAUGUUCUCCUUGGAUGAGUGCCGCGGCAUUGUGGCCCUGAUGGAUCUGAAAGUGGACGGGCGGCUUGACGAAGAGGAGUUCUCAAGACUGUGGAGGCGCCUCGUCCACUGCCAG